CUGAACGCUAGGGUUUUUCCAUCUCCGAGCUCGAACUUGCCUAAAGUACCAACGUCGAGAGCACCUGCAAAUCGUCUCCUCCGUCUCCGUUUCUCCGCGGAAUCACAUGUAGCGAUCGCUCAUCGGUGCGCAGGUACGGUUUCACUUCGCAAUGCCGCGGUCGAUCCCGACGACGGCGACGGCGAUCGGUCCGCCGUGGCUGUGGCUGUGGCUGCUGCUGCUGCUGACGGCGGCGGCGGCGGUGGAGCGUGCGUCUUCGUACGUCAGCUCGGGGCCUCACCUCGCCGACGUGAACAUCCUCUUGCCUCCGAGGAUGACGCAUCCCGUGGAGUACAGGCUGCAGGGGAGCGACGGUUGCUUCAAAUGGACAUGGGAUCAUCAUGAUAUUUUAUCCGUUCUGCCCGAAUAUAACACGAGCAAUCGCUGCUCGAUCAGUGCACGGAUAAGGUCAAUUGCGCCGUACAAUGGUCGAAAGGAGACUGCCAUAUAUGCCACCGAUAUUCACACGGGGAUUGUAAUUCGAUGCAAAGUUUUCAUAGACAUUUUCUCCAGAAUCCAGAUAUUUCAUAAUUCUAUCAAACUUGACUUGGAUGGCCUGGCCACUCUUCGUGUUCGUGCUUUCGACAGUGAAGAGAAUGUCUUUUCAUCCCUAGUGGGUUUACAAUUCAUGUGGCUGCUGACACCUGAAACCAACGGAUUCCCUCAUCACCUUAUUCAUGUCCCUUUGAAAGAUUCUCCACUGAGUGACUGUGGUGGAAUGUGUGGUGACUUAGAUAUCCAGAUAAAACUCGAAGAUAACGGGGUGUUUGCGGACUUUUUUGUGGUAAAAGGAGUUGGGAUUGGCCAUGAGAUUGUUUCGGUGCAUUUGCUUGAACCUGAAUUAAAGCACAUGGCUGAUAAGAUUGUUUUAACUGUAGCGGAAGCCAUGUCAAUCGAACCUCCUUCACCUGUUUAUGUUCUAGUUGGUGCUUCUGUUCAUUACAUUCUGAAAAUUGUCCGUGGAAAUUCUCCUCAAGUGGUAUCUUUACCAUCUCCUCACUACCGGUGGUCAACCCUAAAUUCUACGGUCGCUCAUGUGGACCCUAUAAUGGGCGUAGCUCAUGCAAAAAAUUUGGGGAUCUCAACUGUCAUUGUCGAGGAUACAAGGGUUGCUGGACACAUGCAAGGGUCAUCACUUAAUGUAGUCGUACCUGACUCCAUAGUUUUGUACAUAUUACCUUUGUCUAAUAAUUGGGAACCUAUAGAAGGUAUUGAGGCUAUUCCAUCUGUCACACGAUGGUAUAUAGUUGCUGGCCAUCAAUAUGUAGUUCAUAUAAAGGUUUUGUCACAAGGACCUGGCUCACAAGAAGUUUACAUCACAGAGAGUGACGAUCUCAAUUUGUAUGACCACCACUCUGAGAACUGGGAAAUAUCUUUGGUGUCAGAUGAUAUUAUGGUGGAACGUGGUUGGCGAAAUUCUAGAAUCCUAAAAGCUGCUACUCCUGGACUGGGAAAGCUGACAGCUUCUUUAGCUUACUCUGGCGGGAGUCCUGGAUCAAAGGAGGUUCUCAAAAUUGUGCAAGAAGUCAUGGUCUGUGAUAAAGUGACGAUUAUUCUGGACAAAAGAAGUGCUACCUCUGAUGGUAUUAUGCUUCCCUGGGCCCCCGCCAUUUAUCAGGAAGUGCAGUUAAAGGCUGUAGGAGGUUGUGCAAAGGUGGUCACUGACUUCAAAUGGUUUUCUUCGGACACGACCAUUUUGUCUGUAUCCACCUCUGGGGUUGUCCAGGCAAAGAAGCCAGGGAAAUCAAGCAUCAAAGUACUAUCGGUUUAUGAUUCGUUCAAUUAUGAUGAGGUGAUUGUUGAAGUUUCUACCCCGGCUGCUAUGGUUAUGCUGCCGAACUUCCCUGUAGAGACUGUUGUGGGAUCAUACCUUAAAGCUGCAGUGACCUUGAAAGUGUCAACUGGUUCACAUUUUUAUAAAUGUGAUGCUUUUGAUUCCUUCAUUAAGUGGAAGGCUGGAAGCGAAUCAUUCAUCAUUGUCAAUGAGACUGGAGAAACAACUAAGGUCCAGAAUAUAAUAGACGAUGAUGAUGUCAAAGCCAUGGUCAAUGGUCCACCAUGUUCCUGGACCUAUGUUUAUGCUGCUGGUUCAGGUCAAACUAUGCUGCAUGCUGCGCUGCCGAAAGAGUAUCACCAUUUCGAUCCUUUCUCACAUGGAACUACUGCUUUGAAAGCUUCUUCACGUAUAGCGGCAUUCCCACCCCUUGUUUUGCAUCAGAUCGGGGAUGGAAACCAAUUUGGUGGUUACUGGUUUGAUUUUGCUCAAGUCGAAGCUGAUGGACACUUGGAAAGUUUAGAUAAAAUAUAUCUUGUCCCUGGAACAUAUGUCGAUGUUAUGCUUCUUGGAGGACCUGAAAGAUGGGAUGGAGAUGUCGAUUUCAUUGAAACUGUUGAGUGCUUGGAUAAAGAACCUGCUAAUUUGAAAGAUCAAAAUCUUGUUCAGCAGCUUCCUAGAAGUUAUAGGAGUUUGUACAGAGUCUCAUGCCAACUGUUAGGAACUUUUGAUCUUGUCUUCAAACGUCGUAAUUUAGUUGGUGAUGACCAUCCUUUACCAGCAAUUGGAGAAGCAUCUUUGUCAGUCAUGUGUUCGUUUCCUUCCUCUAUUGUGUUAAUGGCAGAUGAACCUGCUAAUCUGAAAGGUGCUAUAUUAACUGCUAGUCAAGCAGAACACACUCCAGAAAGAGUUCGUGCGACUCCUAUUACCGUGGCAAAUGGACGCACUAUUCGCGUAGCUGCAGUCAGUAUUGCUAGCUCUGGAGAAGUUUUUGCAAACUCAUCUUCUCUUGGAUUGAGGUGGGAAUUGAGUAACUGUGACGAGCUGGCAUAUUGGUAUGACAAUGAUGACGUGGAGAGGGCUCAGUCUGGCUGGGAACGCUUUUUGGUCUUGCGGAAUGGAUCAGGACUGUGCAUUGUUCGAGCUACUGUAGUCGGAUCUGAUCAAAUUGUGAAUUCUGAUUAUCUUGGAUCUGAAAGUUCUCGAGAAGUGCUCACAGAUGCUAUACGCUUACAGCUUGUAUCAACUUUGCGAGUUGACCCGGCUUACAGCUUGCUAUUUUUCAACCCUCGUGCUAAGUUAAAUCUAUCUAUAAGUGGAGGCAGCUGCUUUCUGGAAUCUUCUGUGAAUGAUUCUCGAAUAGUAGAAGUUAUUCACCCACCACCUGGAUUGCAAUGUUCGCAAUUGAUGCUGUCUCCUCGAGGACUUGGGAUUGCAUUAGUCACUGUUAAUGAUAUUGGGCUUACACCACCACUCAUGGCAUCUGCCACGGUCCAGGUUGCGGAUGUAGACUGGAUUAAGAUUACUUCAGGAGAAGAAAUAAGCCUUAUGGAAGGAAGCUCGCUAUCUAUCGAUAUAGUUGCGGGGACAAAUGAUGGAGGCUCCUUUGACCUUUCUCAGUAUGUUUACAUGGAUCUUCAAGUGCAUAUAGAGGAUGACAUAGUUGAACUUGUGGACGGUAAUGAUGACUCAAGCAGGGAUGAUGCUUAUAAAGGUCCAAGUUUCAUAAUUAUUGCAGAGAACAUUGGAGUCACCACUUUGUAUGUGAGUGUGAAACAGCAAUCAGGACAUGAGCUACAAAGUCAACCAAUAAAAAUAGAAGUCUAUGCUCCACCAAGAAUUCACCCUUAUGAACUUUCUCUUGCACCAGGGGCAUCUUAUGUGCUUACUGUCAGUGGUGGCCCAAAAGUUGGUAUUCGCAUAGAAUAUUCGAGUCUGGAAGAUUGGAUUGCAAUUGUCCAUAGAAUGACGGGACGACUGUCUGCAGUUUCACCUGGGAACACUACUAUACUUGCCACAAUUUAUGGGAGAGAGAAUUCCAUCCUUUGUCUAGCCAGUGGUAGUGUCAAUGUGGUGGUCCCUUCUUCCGCAGUACUGAAUGUGCAGAGUGAAAAGCUUGGUGUCAAUUGUGAGAUGCCAAUAUAUCCUUUGUUUUCUGAGGGUGAUCUGUUCUCUCUUUAUGAGAUCUGCAAAAAUUAUAAGUGGACCAUAGAAGAUGAAAAGGUUUUAGAAUUCAACACAGGAGAGCAGUUUCCUGGAGAAAAAAUUGGUAACCAGUUGGUCUCUUCAAAGGAAAUUCAGUUGUCAUAUCUCAAUGAGAAAGAAGUUGGCUUUAUUAAGGUCUUGAUUGGAAGGUCCGCUGGCAAGGCCCGAGUUUCAGUUUCAUUUUCAUGUGAUUUUGUUUCUGCUUCAUUCUCAGAAUCCAAGUCUUACAGUUCUAGUGUGUCGGUAUCAGUGAGUCCUGAUCCACCUCUUGCCCUUGGAGUUCCAAUAACCUGGAUUCUUCCUCCUCAGUAUAUUACAUCAAGUCUGUUGCCUUCAUCUUUUGAAUCAUUUGGCCAAUGGGACAGUCACAGUGGAAAAGGGACCGUUACCUAUUCCUUGUUGAGAAAUUACGGUGAAUUGAAUGAAAUAGCACUCAGCAAGACUAUUUCCAUUCAAGAUAACAGAAUUAAAACAGCUGAGAGUAAUGAAGUUGCAUGCAUUCAGGCUAAAGAUCACUUGACAGGGAGAAUUGAGAUUGCUUCUUGUAUCAGGGUCUCUGAGGUGGCUCAAGUAAGAUUUGCAAAUAAAGAAUUUCCUUUCCAUGUGGUAAAUCUUGCACUUGGUGCUGAAAUUGAACUCCCGAUUAGCUACUUCGAUGCUCUAGGAUAUGCCUUUUAUGAAGCAUAUGAUGCAGUUGCUGUGGACACAGAAGUGAACUAUCCGGACAUUGUUUAUGUUAAUACAAGCAGUGUGAACAGAAACAUCAAUCUCAAGGCAGUACGACACGGUACAGCUCUAUUACGAGUGUCGAUAAGUGGCAGUACAAGGAAGUCAGACUAUGCGCUGGUAUCAGUUGGUGCCUUCAUAUACCCUCAAUAUCCCAUCCUUCACAUUGGGAAUUCACUUGAGUUUAAUCUAGAAGGAUUCAAGGAGCAAGUUCCUGGGCUGUGGACUAGUGCAAAUGAAAGUGUCAUAACCAUAGAUUUGCUCUCUGGAAAAUCCAAGGCAGUUGGAGAGGGCACUACUCGAGUUGUUUUCAAAUCUUCAAGUGCAAAGCUGCAAACAGAGGUUAUGGUACUGGGAAGUGACAUGGUUUCUGUGGAUGCUCCUAGAGAGGCACUAAGCAAUGUGCCUUUCCCUGUUAGAGGAUAUGAGUUCCGUGUAAAAUUCAGUGAUGGAUACAACAAAAAGAAAGAGGGGGUCCCUUAUGACUGUCUAGUAGACCCUCCAUUUGUUGGGUAUGCUAAGGCAUGGACGGAUCUUGACACUGGUAACUCGUAUUGUCUCUUCUUCCCUUAUUCACCCGAGCAUUUGGUACGUUCAACGCUCAAAUCGAAGGAUGUGAGAUCGGAUAUCUCUAUUUCCAUCAAGGCUAUAUUAAGAGAAGCCAGAAAUGCAUCAGGAUCUGCCUCAGCCCUCUUCAUCGGAGGGUUUUCUAUAUUGGGGAUGGAUAAGGAUGCAAUGCAGUUGAAUCUGACACCCGACUAUAACAGAACUACCAUAACUCUCUUGGGCAACACAGAUGUUGAGAUCCACAGGCAAUUCCCAGAUCUCAUUACGAUAACUCCUCUACGAAAAGAAGGCUCUGGAAUUGGUAGUGCUGCUGAGUAUGAGGUGAAAGCAAUUGCAUCCAAGAGCUUCGAGGAUAAAAUAAUCUUCACACUUCCAGCCAAUGGCCAAAGAACGGAACUGGAGGUGAGCUACACGACCAGAGAAAGGAAGCCAUCGCCUUUUUCUUUCUGGUUGAGCAUGCCCGUAAUUCUCGCGCUUUUGAUGGUAUUGCUUGCCAUCUCUUUCUCCAUACUGGCCAGGCCAGACAGAACUGUGCCAGCUGCUCGCCCUGCAACGCCUAGCAGACCGGUGGCACCUACUACACCUGAUCGCAGCAGCCCCGGUAUAGCAAGCGAGCAGUCCCCAAGGACGCCCCAGCCGUUCCUGGACUACGUGAGGAGGACAAUCGAUGAAACUCCGUAUUAUAGGCGAGAAGGAGCGAGGAGGAGGAUUUUUAUAGGAGGUUUAGCAAGAGAGACGACUACUGCACAAUUUGUCAAGUACUUUGGUAAAUAUGGUGAUAUUACGGAUUCCGUCAUAAUGAGGGACCGGAAGACUGGGCAGCCUCGUGGAUUCGGGUUUGUGACUUAUGCAGAUCCCUCUGUUGUCGAUAAAGUCAUUGAGGAGACUCAUAUUAUUAAUGGGAAACAGGUCGAAAUUAAGCGUACUAUUCCAAAGGGGGCUGCUGGCUCCAGGGAUUUUAAGACCAAGAAGAUUUUUGUGGGUGGAAUUCCUACAGCUGUGACUGAAGAUGAGUUCAAGGACUUCUUUACACAGUUUGGCGAGGUCAAAGAACACCAGAUCAUGAGAGACCAUUCUACCAAUCGUUCUCGUGGGUUUGGGUUUAUAACUUUCGAAUCAGAGCUAGCUGUAGAUGAUCUUUUGGCCAAGGGCAAUAGGCUUGAGCUGGCUGGUGCUCAGGUGGAGAUCAAGAAGGCUGAGCCAAAGAAACCAAAUGCCCCGCCUGCACCAUCUAAACGUUACUCUGAUUCCAGGCCUGCAUAUGGUGGUGGCUAUGGAGAUGCUCAUGGUGGAUACGGAGGUGGGUAUGGAGGUGGUGGCGGCUUUGGUGGCUACAGGACUGGUGGAGCCUAUGGCGGAAGGGCUGGGGGUUAUGGGGGAUAUGGUGCCGGUGACUUUGGUGGAUAUGGAGGAUAUGCUGGAGGCAGCGGCGGCAGCGGCAUGGGGGCCUACCGAGGAGAUCCAUCAAUGGGUUAUGCUAGUCGUUACGGUGGUGGUGGUGGUGCUGGUGGAGGUUUGAGCCGAGGAUAUGACUUUGGAGGUGCUUAUGGCGGUCCCGGUGAGAGCUAUGGAGGAUAUGGCGGUGGUGCUGGUGCAGGGGGUGCUGGUGGUGGCUAUGGCGGGGGUAGUUAUGAUGCUGGCCUUGGAGGUGGCUACGGAGGUGGCAGUGGAAGUGGCUUUUAUGGAAGUAGAGGGGGAUAUGGUGGUGCGGGAAGUGGCCGUUAUCAUCCUUAUGGGAGGUAGAAUCUCAUUGAAAUGAAGAUGCUUGAGGGUUAAAGUGUAGCGGCAAAAUGAGAUUUUCUCAUCCUGUAGCAUUUGAUCUUUUUGUCUGAGUCCAGCUUAUAUGCUCUCAAGUUCUUUAAUCAUGUCGACAAAGGGACCUUGUCAUCUUGAAGGCAAAAAGAUCCAUCUAUUACGUUUUUCUUUCUUUUUAUUUUUCUAGGACUGAAAUCUAAGAGAUCCGGUCUUCUAUUUAUCUUCAAACUCCUUGGACGUCAAUGAACUGCAAAUUCUGCA